AUGGGUUCAAGAUCAAAAGUUGCAGAGAAGAGGCUAUAUAUGCCCGAAGAUAGCCUUAUUUCAUCAGAAAUUGCUGUCCUCUCAGGGGGAUGUGAUUUACAUGGACAUCCUUUGGUUAUUCUACCAUCUCAGCGCUACCCCAAUCUUGUCCAACUCAACCAAGCUGAUGUUAUCAGGCUGUUGAAAUACCUUGCUUUCCUCUCGAGGUCUUGGUACAAAGAGGCUGGUCUCUCCCUUCUUCUUGACUUCCGCAACUCCAGGACAGCUGAUAUCAAGCAUAUUGUGGAAUUGAUUCAGAUGUUCCAGAAUGACAGCAGAUCCAUCCAAAGUAUGUACAUUAUUUGCCCAGAAGAUAAACAAGUGAAGAAACAAUUGAAUAGAGAAAUCCACUCUCGCCAGGAAAGAGGACAGCUUGAUUUUCAGACAGAACAGGUGUAUGGCACAGGAAACCUCUUGACCUUCAUAGAUGCCAGCCAAUUGCCUCCGUCCUUUGGAGGAACACUGUCGUACGAUCAUAAAGCAUGGAUCAGACUGCAAAAAAAAUUGGAAGAAUUCUAUUUUACUUCUGAAUACGUCAUGAACCACCUUCCAAAAGCUGUGGAUGAGAUGAAAUCUUUAAAAAGAAUGCGCACGAAGAAAGAACCUUCUGGUGGUGAUCUGGUGCUGCAGAGAACAGAGACUAAAAGAGCUCAGAUAAAACGUGAUCUGACUCUUGAUUCCGCUCUCGAGGAGGUGCAUCAUCUAAACGAACUGUCACUCAGACCCCAACAUGACAGGACGUUCUCAGUGAUGUCAAAGAAACCGCAGUUUGCUCCAAUGAUGGAGACAAUCAAGCCAUACCGGGACAAACUCAUUCAGGCCAAGCGGCAACUUGACGAAGCCUGGAACGGAAAAAUUUCGUCGCAACCGGUUGUAACUAGUUCCCAAUAUGAUGACGUACAUGAGUUGAGAGAGAACCUUAGUCGGUUAGUGAGGUGGAUUCGUGGUGAUGCUGAAGAUCAGUUGAACUUAUUCUCCCAAGGAUGUGUCUCUCUUCGCACAGCCAAUCAAAACAAAGGAAAGUUUGACCGCGAGUUUCAUCCACUGGCGAAGGAAGUCUUAACGCAAGGUAGAGAGUUAGCUGAGAGAGCCAACGAAAUGAGCACAAGAAAUCUGCGAGAUAAGAGACCGCUUCAAACAGCGUCUAAAGUUCUACUGUCAGAUCUGACAAGCUUUCGCAGUAAAGUCGAAAACACCAAGAAAUGGUUGGAAGAUUCCGUUAAUUUUUACAACCUUUUAGCGAAGGCAGAUAUGUGGUAUAGUAAAGCUGCCGAGUUUUGGCCGUCAAACUCGACCUCCAGCAAAAGUACCAGCAGCUCUGUGUUAUCUCCUGCUUCUAAUGGCGACUUACAACAGCAUGAAGAUAGAUUGUCAAGGUUCCUUGCAAAAUUCCCACCCCUCUCCUCAAAGGAACUUUUGCAGUUAGAAUCAUUCUUGGAAAAGGUCCCGGAUACUAAGCAGAGGAACCAGGCCAAGUUGCUGAUUCACCGUUGUAAAGAACUGGAAAAAAUCAUCCGAGCCCGCGAGACUCACUUAGUGGUUGGGAAUGGAAGAGGGGGAGCUGGGGACAACAGGAAAGCUGAAGUUACCGAUCGAAGUUCAAGGAGAUCCACUGGUCAGGUCCUAGAUGAACCUUAUUACAGUAGAAUCGAAGACCUCCAUGGUAGAAUCACGAAUAACAGGGAUGUGUCGCACUACCCAAGGCCAGGUGACCGUUCCUCAUCUCCAGGGAACCUCGUUCUCCCAACCCCUCCCAGGAGUCGACCCUCAUCAGCAUUGAAUGGUACCGUGAGGGACUCGGAACGAAAGCAGUAUGGCGGUCCAGAGCGGAGGCUACAAUCCAAAACUCUAGAUUCGCACCAGUCCUAUUCUAUGAACAAUGUGGGGCGCAGAGUUACAACGGAGGGAUCAGAAAGCCAAACCUGUCCACCUGGGGUGACUGGCAGAUACCUGAAACAUAAUGGUGGAAUGGGGCCAAGAGAUAGCCUGGACGGGUGGGCGGGGUACAAACAUUCUCCCAUAAGGGAAAUUGUAAGGAAUGAAGAUGUGACGUCUAACUCGGUUGUAGACUCCCAAGUGGCAACUCAAAAAGUUGCGCCGAAAAAACCAGAGCGGAAAAAACUUAAAAAGCAAACAUCGAGUAAGAUGGAGCACUUAAUUCAGGAGCAAAUGAGACUUGAAAAAGAACUCGAGCAACUUCAGAAAAUGCGCGAAAAUCUUGUUCCUCCACUUGAUUUACGACAGUUAAAUACAAACUAUAUGAACGGGUCUGUAUUGCAUGACGAGUAUUGUCCGAGCGAAAAAAUAGUAUCAAGUUCUUAUCCAAGGAGAAGUGACCAGAUCAAAAGAUUGUCGAGUUCAAGAAGUAAAAAAAUGGUAGAUGAUUUAACUUCCAGUCCCACGCACUCAACUGCUAGACCGGAACUGACGUCGGAUGAUUCAGUGGACCGUGAAGUGGAAGGGUUACUCAGAGAAGUGUCGUUGUUGAAGGAGGAGGAGGAUGACACAGCGCCACUAAAACAUGCUUAUCUUUCACCAGAAAGUUCGAAUGUCCUACACAGGAGUGAACUUCAACGAUCGUCAUCAGAGAUGCUUCUGAACGGCUAUCGCACAAGCAUGCACGAUCCUGAUAUUACAAACAGCCACGUUCAGCAAAGCAAUUUUACAUCACUUCAAAAUAGUCCGCAAAUUUCCUCCGCACAGAGAAAUCAACCGGCAGCCCAUAGCGUAUCACUAGAUAAGGUUCAACACUUUUGCUUGUUAAAGAAACAGGAGAUGUACUGGAUGAACCAGAUCAGAAGUCGGCGACAUAUCCUUUCACAGAAACUCGAUACUCUUGUUCGGCAAGAUGUGGAGGAGCAAUAUUUUUACUCGCAAGAGGAGCUCAGUAAAACGGAAAAAGCCAUCGCAGAUUUAUUUCAGUCUUUAUCCCAUCAAGAAGUACAAUGGUUGUUGAAAAACGGCAUGGUGUCUUCGAAUCCGGAUUAUGCGCGCUCACCGCAUAAUAUGCACGCGUUGCAGACCAAUAAUUACGUAAAUCCGUCGUUACCUUUCAAUCAGUUUGGCCAUCAGUUUCAAUCUCGACAGCAACACCAGCAUGCUCUUACUCCUGUCGCUCCAGCUCCCUUAGUAAACGGUUCACAUACACCACAAAUGUUUAGAUGUCAGUCAACAAAUCCUGUGUUACAUACUUCGACAAAUGCUCCUCCGUUGUACAUUUUUGGUUCAGAAAAUACAGCAAGAGUGAGCAAUAGUUAUCAUUCCCAAGACGUUACAAAUGCAUCAGCAAUGACUUUUGUUAAGCCUCCUUCUUCCAAUAAAGAAACCCAGACUUUAAAUGGUGGCGAUCAGAUUCAAAAUGGAGUGGAUUUCGAUCCCAGGUUAAGACACGAAGUGAAAACGCCUGAGACAAUGGAAAAAGCCAAUCUUGUUAGGGAACCGAUGGAUGUGGGCGUUAGAACUCAUGAUUUUAGUGGGCAGCACCUUGAAAACGACAGUUCUGCGGCAAGGAAGCUUCCUGAACCUGGUACUAGUAAGCACAUAAUUAAGGCUGUUGAUUCUAAUGUCCAUCCGGAAGAUGAUGAAAGCUUGGAACGAGAUCUUGAAGCACCUGUCGGUCGUACGAUUGUUGAGCAACGAAGCAAAAGAGUCGGAAAGCAGCCUUUGCAAGUCGUGAACAACAAAGAUGUUCACUCUAAUACGGAUGACGGGCAAAAGCCCGUUUUCAAACAGGCAAGUUUUGACGAUCACGAAGUCGUGAAACUCAAGGCAAAGCUAGAAGAAGAACAAAAGGAAUUACAAGAUAGUCUCAAGAGAGAACAGAACAAAUUUAUGGAAGAACAGCGUCGGUUAAGGGAGGAAGAAGAAAGGCAGAACGAAUGGAUCAGACAGCAAAAAAUAGCGGAACAAGAGAACCUAGAGCGCAGCCGUCAGAGUCCAGCUAAAACUGUAGAAGCGGCUCAGGUGGAAGAAAAAGACUGGUCAGUGGACGAGGAGCGUGAGUCAAGUGACAGAGAAGUCCAGGAUAUCCGCCAGAAACGCCUGUCAUAUUUCCGAUCUAGAACGAACACCGAACCAGUUGACGAGGUCAGCGGAGCAGAGGAAGCAAUAAAUGCAGAAUCACAGCAGGAUUUAAAUGAUAAUGGUGGAAAGGAGAACGAUGCGGAGGAGAUUGAGAUGUACGACCAAAAACUACCCCAGCAGUCGAAGGUUCUGUCAAACGAGGAAGAAAUUGUUUUGGAGGAAGGGCGCUCCGAAUCGAACCCACCCAAUCAUGAUCGAAAUUCGUCUUUCACAGAAAGCCAGCUGGAGGAUAUUGACAUUGAACAAUUCGAUUUUGUGAGCGAGGAGAGUAAAAUUUCACCAGAAGAUGAACUCAUAGAGCUGCUUAAGUCUGGAUCUAUUGAUAUGUCUUCGCCAGAACAUUCGAGAGACAGUUCCGAAGUACCCGAAGAUGAUCAACUGGUAUCUUUGGAUGUAGUCGAAGACGAUCAUGUGGAAUACUCGGAUGUAUCCGAAGAUGAUCAACGCAUAUCUUCGGACCUGCCCGUUGACGAUCAUGUGGAAUCCUUGGAUAUACCCCAAGGCGAUCAACUGGAAUCUUCAGCGACUAACUUAGGUUGGUUUUCCUCAGAAGGGAGGGGAAGUAAUUUUGUGGAGUUAAAUUCUUCUGUUUUUACAAACGCUGAACCGAAAUAUGGGGCCGAGUCGGAUAGUGAUGAAGAUGUGAUAGAGAGAUUUGAUGCCAGCCUUCAUGAGGAAGAGCCGCAGGAUUUCAAAGAUAAUGUCAAGGUUGAUUUAAAAGAAAAUGAACACCUGUCAAGUGAACAGCAAAUCGAAGAUGUCAUUGACCAAGGCGGAGACGAUGAAUUGGAAGACACUCUGUUAUCAGACAGCACCGCUAACAUCCGGGAACUUGUCGCGAGGUUGGGAGAGAUUGAGGACGAGAUGAGUGACAGCGGAGAUGAGGGAAUGGGAACGAGAGAAAUGACGAAGAAAUCUUCAGACGAAGAGUUCGAGGAAAUCGAAAGAUUAUUGUACGAGGAAAAAGCCCGCAUUGAAGCUGAGAAAGAUAGCAUGCGGCUGGCUAAGGAAUCGGUCAAUGAAUCUUCUGAUGAUGAGUUUGAGCGGCUCGAGAAAGCGUUAUACGAACAGAAGGCUCGAAGCGAAGGUGACAACGAAGGUGAUGACUCGCCUCAAGAAUUAACAAAGACGGCUUCUGACAAAGAAUUGGAGCAACUCGAAAAAAUGGUAUUCGAUUCAGAACCUGCUAAAGAGUUGAAAAAAGGAGAUUACCCGCAAAAACGUGACGGUGCUAUGACGAACCAAUCAGAAGUCGUUAAACGUUCAAAUCAUGUCGCCUCAUUUCCGAACUUUCCUGUUUCUACGAGAAAAGCCGAUGAAGAAGACGAUCUUCUUGAUAUUAUUGGCUCUAGCGACUCUGACGACACACUGAGUUCAGGAGAUGAGAAAGAUCAACCCAACCUUGUUGUCGCCGAGGCUUCCGAUGACCGAGAGACACUGGGCUCUGAUGAAGAGGAGAAAAUCCCGGUGUUGUGGACUGUGUCAGCUCGUACCAGUGCCCCCGCACCGCCCGUGAGCGCGGCAGUUGCGAGUGAACACAACGUCGCGUUUGAGCGUAGUGGAGGAAUUGUAGCAGUAAUCGAUAAUGGCUCCGGUUUUUGUAAAGCUGGCUUCUCCAAUGAACAGCAGCCACGCGUGGUUUUCCCAGCAGUCGUUGGUAAACCUCGACAUCAGGAGGCCAUGAUGCAAGAUUACAGAGAUUACUAUGUCGGUGAUGAAGCACAAAACAUGCGCGGUGUGUUGACUCUCAAGUACCCGUUGGAGCAUGGGAUUGUAAUGAACUGGGAUGACAUGGAAUCGAUUUGGGGUCACACUUAUGACCAGCUGCGGGUCCUGUCCCAGGACUACCCGGUCAUGUUGACAGAGGCGCCCUUGAACCCAAAGUACAACAGAGAGCGUAUGCUACAGAUCAUGUUUGAGACAUUUGAGGUGCCAUGUCUGUACAUAGCUGUGCAGGCUGUCAUGGCCUUGUAUUCUACGGGACGAACUACUGGCACCGUUUUCGACUGCGGUGACGGGGUGAGCCAUACUGUUCCAGUUUAUGAGGGCUACUGGCUCCCUCACGCCACCCAGAGAAUGGACCUCGCGGGAAGGGACCUCACCAAGUAUAUGAUGAGAAUCCUUACGGAGCGGGGUUACUCGUUUACGACCACAGCGGAGAGAGAGAUCAUACGCGACAUUAAGGAGAAACUUGCCUAUGUGGCCCUUGAUUUUGAGCACGAACUACAGGAGUCUGAGACAAGUGACAAAUUUGAGGAGUUAUAUAUGCUUCCUGAUGGUCAGUCCAUACGCGUGGCAAAUGAGCGAUUCCGCUGCCCAGAAGUAUUAUUCAAUCCCAGCAUGCUUGGCAUGGACAUGGUUGGAAUACACGAGUCCAUUUACAACUGUAUCAAGAAAUGCGACAUUGACAUCAGAAAGGACUUACUUGAAAAUAUAUUACUAUCAGGUGGAAGUACAAUGUUACCUGGACUUCCUGAUCGCCUUCAUAAGGAGAUAUCAACUCUUGUUAAUCCACGUGACCCUGGCCGGGUCAGAGUUGUCAGCCCUGAUGACCGGAAGUACGCUGUAUGGAGCGGAAGUGCCGUGUUGGCUGGACUCUCAACAUUCCCACAGAUGUGUAUUUCUGUGCAGGAGUACGACGAAAUGGGACCAGAAAUAGUGCACAGAAAAUGCUUUUGAUUUUGCUGCAAAGUUUAGCUGAGAAAAAUCCGAAUAUUGCGACUAUAAUAAUGACUAAUUCAUGAUAUUAAUGUUACAGUUAUCAGGUACAUGAGAUGUUGAUAUGUAGCCAAUUAAUUUAUGGAUAGUUUUUUUUUAAAAGACAAAUGUUACAGGUACAGUUAUUCUGCUCUAUUUAUUUGCCAGGUCACACAGGAAAGAAAUACUACAUGCACCUAGUUUAAUUUAAAUGCAUUUUUAUCAGAUUUUGAUCGUCAUAUUUUUUAAUUCUUGUAUGCCAGAUACAACACAAUUACAAUUCAUAAAAUAUUACCAUUUUGCUCGGACACUUUGAUGCGCCAGCCAUCAAACUUUUGUCAGGAACCCGUAACCCUUUAACUCCCAAGAUCUCAUUAGAAAUUCUCCUUACUGUCUGCCAUGCAGAGGAUUUACACAUCUUAAAGGACUCUGAAGUUUUUUAUUAUUAUUAUUAUUAGAACACUAAAUUUUUACAAACGAAAUGUCAUAACUCAAAAAAAUAUUUACCUAAGUUAAAAUAGUUCCUUCUUUGUAAAGUUUAUAUAUCACUUUAUGCAUAAAUUUAUUAUAAAACAAAUCGCAAAGAUAUUUAUCAGGA